AUGUGUAUAGUGCUGCUUACAACAUCCCACCCCAAAUACGCCCUGGUCGUCAUCGACAACCGCGACGAGUACAUCCUGCGCCCAACGAGCAGACCCCACUGGUGGAAAGCUACCCCAGAAACCCCCGCCGUUAACGGCUCGGCCAACGGGGUAGCAAAGGCCGCUCCACCGGCCGAGGUCGAAGUCCUCUCCAGUCGAGAUCUCCAGCGAGCCGAGCGAGGGACGUGGCUCGGCAUCACCAAGGGUGGAAACUUUGCCGUCCUUACAAACUACCGGGAAACGGACACCCACGAUGUUGCCCAUCCGGUACAUGGCAAGCGCAGCCGUGGAGGCAUGGUGACGGCAUGGCUUGGCGCUGACCCGGCCGAAUCGACAGAGCGGUUUGUGACCCGCAUGCUGGAAGACGGUGGAGUAAAGGGAGUGGGUGGCUUCUCCUUGAUCUGCGGAAAACUCAGAAAGGUGAAGGGGGAUAGCAACAACAUUGAGCCCCUGGCCAUCAUCUCGAACCGUUGCGACCAUGUUGGGCAGGUUCCAUGGAUUUGUGGAGAGCGCAGCUCCAUCUACGGCCUGAGCAACGCCACAUAUUUGCAUCCGGAACAGGAAGAUAAGGAGGAGCUAUGGCCCAAGAUUCGGGAAGGCCGCGAAGCAAUGCUCCGUGCUGUCACCGAAAAGAUGGACGAAAAGGAGCUCCAGGAGGCACUGUUCGAAAUUUUGGACACGGAUAGGUUUCCGUCCGACCACACCAUGGACCUUGAGGAAGGCAUCCCGUUGCUCAAGGACUCGAUUUUCAUCCCUGCCUUUGGCGGCAAGUCGCACCAAGAAGAAAUGGCAGAGGCCAGACUGCGAGGACAAGUGAAGCACAAGGAUCGUGAUUCGCCGGCAGCCGAAGUCUUGACCAUCGUGGCUCGCCCAGACGACCAGCCCAAUGGCUUCCAAACUGGCCUCUACGGCACGCAACGACAGACCAUCAUUCUCGUGGAUUGGGAUGGCAAUGUGACCUAUACUGAGAGAGCUCUCUGGGACCCUCAUGGUAACCCCAUCCCAAGAGGCUCUGGGGAUGAAACAUUUAGAUUCAAGAUUGAGGGCUGGGAGAAGGAAGAGGAGCUCUGCAACUAG